AUGAUAGAAUUAUUUCUUACUGCUAAUAAAAAGAAGAGGAAAAAGAAGUAUGUUAUUUUAUUUCUCUAUAUUGUUUUAUGUUCCGUUAUACAAAUUUGCAUGACAUAUAAGAUAAGAAGAAAAAACAUAUCACACAAUUUAAUAAAUUACAUAGAUAAGAACAAUUUGUUAUCAUAUAAUAUAAAUAGAAAAAAGAAAAGAAGGAAAGAAUACUUUAUAAAUGUUACUAAAAGGAAUUUAAAAAAAUUAUGGAGGGAGAAAAAAAAGAAUUUCUCAUUAUAUCAUAAUAAUAAUAAUAAUAAUAAUAAUAAUUCUGGAGAAUAUAUAUGUAUAAAAAAUGAGAAUAAAAAAAUGAUAAAUACAAUAAAAGAGUGUGUUGAUAACUUGUUAUUUAUUAACCGUUAUUUAGUUGAAGAAAUGUUAGAAGAUGAUAAUAAAAAAAAAUAUGAAGACACAAAUAGAGAAAAUAAUAAUAUAAAUGUAGAUGUAACAACAAAUAACCUUUUGCCAAAGGAUAAUUAUUUUGUUGAUAAAAAAAAAAAAAAUAUAAUUAAUAGUUAUAUUGAAGAAAUGGAUAAAUUUCUAGAAACAUAUGAUUUUAAUAUAAACAAAGAAGAAAUAUUGAAUUAUGAAAAGUAUAUAUUAAAUGUUAUUCUUUAUAAUACAGUUAUAAUAAAUAAUAAUAAUGUUUGUCAAAAGAAUUAUAUGGAUAAGGUUAUUUUUAAUUAUAUUAAUUUGGUUCUCUUAAAUAAGGCAUAUAGGAUGGACGACACAGGUGGUACUACACAUUAUGUAGAAAAUAUAGAUAAUAAAAAUAAUAUUUGCGAUAAAGAUAAUAAAGAUAAUAUUUGCGAUAAAGAUGAUAAAGAUAAUAAAGAUAAUAUUUGCGAUAAAGAUAAUAAAGAUAAUAAAGAUAAUAUUUAUAAUAAAGAUAAUAAUUAUAAUAAUUACAAUAAUGACAAUAAAGAUGUAAUUACAUUUAAUGUUUCAAAUAACACAUAUAAUAUGCAACAUAUCUGUAAAAAAUUAGUAAUGAUUAAAAAGGCUGUGAUAUAUUUGAUGAAAAAAUAUAAUAUAAAAAUAGAUGAGUUAUAUAUAGACCCAACAUCUCAUGAUAUAAAAAUAAAAAGAAAUAUUUUUGAAGAUAAUAUAGAAAAAAAAAGUGAUUGGAAAUUAAUAUUUUUAGGUACUGGAUCUAUGUACCCAUCAACUAGUAGAGGCACAUCAUCAUUUAUUUUUCAAACAAUAAAAAAAAAAUGUAAUGAAGCUUUUUUGUUUGAUUGUGGAGAAAAUACAUUUAUAGCAUUACAAAAAGCUAAUAUUAAAGUUAGUAAAAUAAAAAAUAUUUUUAUUACUCAUUUGCAUGGUGAUCAUUGUCUAGGGUUAAUUUCUGUGUUAACCAUGCUGAGAAAUAUGAAUACAAUAAAUAUAUAUGGCCCAGAAGGAUUAUAUAGAUUUUUAAAAAAUAAUUUUAUUUGUACCUAUUCUAAGAGAAUAGCUAAAUUCUGUGUUUACGAAUUGAAAGAUGGAAACAUAACAAAUGCUUCCAAUCAAAAAAGUGUAAAUAAUAAUAACAGUUCUUAUAAUUUUAAUAAUAGUAAAAAUAAACGGAAUUUAGAGUAUAUAUAUAAAAAUGAACAGAAUUAUUAUCCUAUAUUAAAAAAUGACUUUAUCGAAAUAAAUGCUUUCCCUAUUAAACACACAAUACCAACUGUAGGAUAUAUAAUAAAAGAAAUAAAUGUAGAAAAUAAAUUUAAUGCUAAUUAUAUUGAUUCACUUAUAAAAAAAAAUUAUGAUGAAUUAAAAAAAUGUGAAAAUUUAGAUUAUGUACCUUAUAAAAUAUAUGAAAAUAUCAUAAGGAAAAUGAAUUAUAAUGAUGUAAUAAUAUUUCCUGACCAAACAAAACUUACUUUUUAUAAAGCAUAUAAAGAAAUCUAUAAAGAAAGAAAAAUAGUAGUAUGUCAAGAUACAUACGAUGCAUCGAAUUUAGAAGAACAUGCAAAGGAUGCUGAUGUUUUAAUACACGAAUCUACUAAUAGUCUUGUCGAUUUAACACAUGAUUUACAAGCUGGCAAUGGAUUAUAUGAAGAUAUACCUACCAUGGUUAUGUUGUCAAAAAAUAGGAAUCACAAUGUGCAACAUUUAAAUAAAAAAAGUGACAUAAAAGAUACAGGUGGUGACAUAAAAGAUACAGGUGGUGACAUAAAAGAUACAGGUGGUGACAUAAAAGAUACAUGUGGUGAUAUAAAAGAUACAUGUGGUGAUACAAAAUAUACACAUGAUGAUACUAAUGUAAAUACACAUGAUGAUACUAAUGUAAAUACACAUGAUGAUACUCAUGUAAAUACACAUGAUGAUACUCAAGUAAAUACGUGUGACGACAGGAAUCAUUGCGAUAUUGAAAAAGUAGAUGAAAACACAACAUAUAAAAGCCACAAAUCAAAUAUCCUUUUUACAAAAAAUACAAAUAAUGAUGAGCUCAUGAAAAGCUAUAACAAAAUAAUUUCUGAACGAGGACAUUCCACAGCUAAUAUGGCUGGAGAUUUUGCCAGAAAAAUUAAUGCGAGGAAAUUAAUUUUAACUCAUUUUUCACAAAGAUAUAUUGGAGACAACAAAUUAAAAAAUGUCCUUGUCAUGAAAAAGAUAGAAAAAGAAGCAAUGCUUUCUUUUUUAUCAGGUGAUCCAAAAGAAGAGAUAAAUGAUAAGAAUGAUAAUAUAAAUAGAGAUGAUUACACAAAUAAUAGUAACAGUAUAAAUAACAAUCAUCAAAAUGUUGAUAAUAAUGAUCUACAUAAUGGAAAUGAAAAACAUGGAAUUACAAUUAAUAAACAUAUUAAUAUAAAUAAAAGUAAUAAUCAAAUAUUUAAAAACAAGAAAGAUAAAUUUUCUUAUGAUAAAGAAGUAAUUGCUGCAUAUGAUGGAUUAAUAGUACAUAUCCCACCACAACGAAAACAAUGA